AUGGGGGAUACAGAUCUCCGUUACCGCCUAGUGGUGCUAGGAGCUGGUAAAGUCGGCAAGAGCUCGAUAAUUUCGCGGUUUUUACACGGUAAUUUUGCUGAGAAAUACAGAGAAACGAUCGAGGACCUGCAUUGCAGGGAAUAUGAAAUUAAUGGCAAUGUCAUCAAGGUAGAUAUAUUAGACACCGCUGGGUCGCAAGCGUUCCCCGCUAUGAGGAGACUGUCUAUUUCCACGGCGCACGCUUUUUUGUUGGUGUAUAGCAUUGAUGACAGCGAGUCAUUCGACGAAAUCAAGCAAGUAUACGAACAGAUACGGGAACAGAAAAGUAAUUAUCAAGACAUUCCUCUGAUUCUAGUCGGAAACAAGACAGAUCUGGAAUCGGAACGACAGGUGUCAAAAGAAUACGUAGAUGAUCAUAUUAUAACGGAAAAUUGGCACGGCGGAUUUAUCGAAGUGUCGGCUCGAGACAACUCGAAUAUCCUGGACAUUUUUCAAAAAUUACUACACCAAGCCAACGUCCCAGCUGCGCGUCAAUUGAGUCCUAUCCUGCGUCGAAGGAUGAGCGAGCGCACGAAGACGGGGAAACCGUCGGCGUUUGUCCGCGAACCUAGCGAAGACAAGAUGAUGCGACGAAGUCGUAGUCUGAUUCGCCGGAGUAGCAAGUCGAAGAUGAAGCAUAACGGCGACCAAAACCGUAAUGACUGCGUUAUAUCGUGAUUUAACUCGAAAAACUGUGGUUUUAAGGAAAGCAUGUAUACUUUUGACUAAUGGGUCUCGAAGUGGCCGGGACUUAUAUGAACACAGAACACCAAUAUAGCAAUACGAAUAUCGGCACUUUAUGGUAAGAAAUGCCCUCACGUGCACAAUUAUUGGGUUAUAAUUGCCUGCAUGCCAGUGGGUAUUUAAAGUACGCCCACCACAAAAAUCUGCACGUGCAUGAUAUAUCACCACAUUUGGUGCAAUUUUUCAAGGUAUUUCCGCCUAUGUCACCAGUUAGAUAACAAACAAACAAACACG